UUGUGACCAAGAGGGUUUAAAUGCGAAUAUCAAUCACAGAUGGCAUAAAAACAUUUAGUUACUCUAACUUAUAGGUAGUCAUGCUUUUUAUUUUUCAAAUAUCCUUCAAAAAGCUGUUCUUGCUUGCUAGUAAGAUGCUUAGUUCACACAAAAAGGUUAAAAAAUGUAAUUACAGAUGAACUUUUCUGGGUCUGAAAACUCUCAACUAAAAGAAAACUGAUACAAUUCCUAGUUUUCCUUUUUUUUUCUUGCACUUACGUGCAACCCCCCCCCCCCCAAUAAAUCGUGACAUUUUGUGGUUCGAAAGCAGAAGGGCAAAAAAAAAAAAAACCCUUUUAGGUCUGAAUCACUUCCUGUUGCGCUGCAGCUCAGAGGGCCGUUUCCUGCGCGCUGCUCCGCAACCUUCAGCGCAGCAUCUGAACACUCCCCCGGCUCGGCUAAAAAUAUCCACCCGCUCUGCAGAACUUUUUGCACAUGAAGUCAAACUGGACCCGUUUUUGCUGCUUCUUGGCAGGAAAGCAGCUUCUUUGCAGACGACCUCCUGGAAGCAAAGAAGCUGCCGUCCGUGUCUGGAGGGCGGCUGAAGCAGGCGACGCUCAGAUUCUACAGACCUGAGCUGUGAUGAUGAUGAUGAUGAUGAUGAUGAAAAAAAAAAACAGACGGGAGGGGGAAGGUUUUGAUCACAUGGCCACGAAGUCAUUCUGAAAGUAUGCUAGCGGGCUGCAGCCCACAGACGCCUGGAAACCGCUCGGCAGAAGCUGCUGCGCCCAUGACACCAGCGUCGCUGUCAGAGCCGCGGGGUGAACGACGCUUUCCAGCCGCGGCAGACGCCGGACGGACGAGAGGACGCGCAGAGCAGACAUGGCUGAUCCGACCUCAGACUCCAACCAGACCAGCACCGCCUUUCAGACCGUCUCCGGCUCCACCUUCAGCACGGCGGCGGCCCUCACCUCCAGCUCAGAUCACCUGGCCAACGACCUGGCCUCCAGAGCGAUCUACGUCUACAGCUUCUUCGCGCUCCUGGGUUUCGGCGCCGGCUGCUUCAUCGUCUACAGCUUCAUCCAGACCUACCGGGCCCAGAGGCGGCUGGCCUGGCUGGACUGCCUCCUCUGGGUCUUCUGCGGCGUCCAGCUGCUGCUGCUGCUGCUGUCUCUCCACAUGGUGGCGCACAGACCCAGCUACAUGCAGAGCACGGCUCUGGGCUGCGCCGCCCUCUCCUUCGCCGCCAACAUGGCCUCCCUGUGCGGCCUGCUGGUCUUGGUGCUCAUGGCGUUCGUCCUCACUCUGGAUCCGCCGUCCAGCGCCCCGCUGAGGAACCCCAGGGUCUGCGCGGCGCUGGUGGUCCUGACGUCCGUUCUGGUCUCCCUGCUGCUGGCGGGGCUUCGAGGCCUGCAGGCGGGGGGGGACUGUGUCAUGGACCCCUACCAGGAUGGCGUUUCAUAUGCAGCCGCGAAGCUUUCCUUGGCUGUUCUGGCUCCCUACAUCCUCCUGGCUGGACUUCUGAUUAGCGGCUGCAUCCGGCAGUGGAGGUCUGAGGGCCGCUUCCUGUCCGGCUCCGAGGAGGGCCCCGUCUUUCUGACCGUCGCCGCCUGCAUGUUCCUCUGCCAGCUGUUUUACGGCGUGGCGCUGGUGAGAGGCGCCCUGCUGGUGCAGAGCCGCAUGGAGAAGGCCUUCCUGACCGUGGCUGAGUGCGUGCUGUUCUCGGGCAGCAGCCUGGGCCUGCUGGCGGUGCUGCUGCUGCACAGACCCAGCAGAGAGAGCCUGCAGGGCGCCGUGAGGCAGCUGAGGGACUGCUGCCGGCGGCCCGGCCGCGCGCAGCCCAGCAGGAACAUCAUAGCGCCGCACAUCGAGAUCACAGACACUCUGCAGGACAUCGAGUCCUAGAUGGAAAGAUCCUCAGCCGACGAGGGACACCAGCUUUCCCCCUAUUAACAACUUUGUACAAGAAAAGCUACACGUACGCCUACUGUGUAUAUGAAACUACAUGUAUAACAGUUAUUUAUUACCAUUUGGGUCUUAAUAAAUCGAUGAAAAGUUAAAUCCAGCAGUUUCCAGCGGUAGAGACCGGUUUCCCCCGUUAACGGCUCAAAAGAACGAGCGGAGCUGACCCGGUAGAUUAGCUGGGCUUUCUGCUCCGGUAGCUAUCGGACCGCUUGGCGGCUUCUCUGACGGCCUGGAAAUGUUUCCCACCAACCCAUCUUCAUCUUUCAGCCAGCUGGGUUGGCAGCGUCCAGCAAUAGGUGGGGGAGGGGGGCAUCUCUUGUUGCAGCCACUCCAGCACUCUUGUUAAAGACUAAGCUGUAGGAAUCGUGUUUAAAACCUGGGUUCUGACCCAUCAAACUUCCUGUGGAGGUUUCCUCCACCUUAUACGCAACGUUCCUAAAUGUGCAUUUCCCUUUCCAUUUAAUGCAAGUUUUGCAAAGCUGUAUUUAGAGAUACUUUUGCUAUAUGUUUAAUAAAAGCAAUGUUUGCAGAA